CAUGUGUCAGCUCCGCGCCAUCCUGUAGGUGUGGCUCCUCUCGUCUUCUCUGUUCUCGCAGUGUGGCUCUCCAGCGAGCGGAGGAGAGUAAAUAGAGACUGGGGUCUUGCACGGCAUAGUGAAAAGAGGCAUUCGGACAGACGGGACACAGACACAGACAAACUACGAUGGCCUCUUCUCACGGGAGAAACGAUUUGAGGUUCGCUGACUGGAUGGCAAGUUUACCGGAGAGCAUCCACGAUACCCCUCUAACCAACCUGGCGAUCCCGGGCUCUCAUGACUCCUUUAGCUUCUACAUUGACGAGGCAUCUCCAGUUGGUCCAGAACAACCAGAAACUGUCCAGAACUUCGUAUCUGUCUUUGGAACUGUAGCAAAAAAACUGAUGAGAAAAUGGCUGGCAACCCAGACAAUGAACUUUUCACAUCAGCUGGAGGCUGGAAUUCGAUUUUUUGAUUUGCGCAUAUCAACUAAACCUAGAGACCCUGACAACGAACUUUAUUUUGCACACGGCUUGUUCAGUGCAAAAGUUAAGGAAGGUCUGGAGCAAAUCAAUACUUUUUUAGCAUCCCAUUUACGAGAAGUGGUUUUCUUGGAUUUUAAUCACUUUUAUGGAAUGCAGAACUCCCACCAUGAGAAGCUGGUCCAUAUGCUCCAUGAGAUUUUUGGGAAUAAGCUCUGUCCUGCUAUAUUUGCUCAGGAGGUCAGUCUCAAGUAUUUGUGGGAAAAAGAAUAUCAAGUUCUAGUCUUUUAUCACAAUCCUGUGGCUUUGGAAGUACCUUUUCUCUGGCCUGGCCAGAUGAUGCCUUCUCCGUGGGCUAAUACCACUGACCCAGAUAAACUAAUUCAGUUCCUGCAAUCAACCAUUAAGGAGCGCCGCAGAAAGGGGACGUUCUUUGUAUCACAAGUUGUGCUUACUCCCAAAGCCAGUACAGUCAUGAAGGGUGUAGCUAGCGGCCUGAGGGAAACGAUUACUGAAAGGUCUCAUGGUGAUGGAGACGAUCCCUGCUGCAUCAGGGGCAAACUAGAAAUCAGUCCUGAAUGGAAUGUCAGUUCACCUGCCACGUCUCAUUUUUUUACUGAUUAUUUUUAAAACAUGCAACAUUUUACAAGCAGUAAUACAAGUAAAAGGAACAAGUAAGACCUUGUCCACUUCCUCUUCCAGCUCCAGACCACGCCCUCCAAUGACAUCACUUCCACCUUUUUCCUCCAGAU